AUGCGCGCGCGGGCGGCGGGAGCGGCGCUUCCGGGGGCGCCACGUGGCCGGGCUUGGGGGGGGAGGGGAGGGAACCACGUGGGGCUGCCCGUGACGUCACGGGCGCUGCGUGACGUCAGCAGGGGAGGACGCGUGCGGCUGGUGGCGUCACGGGGGGGGUUUCUCCAAGAUCGGGGUUCUCUGGGCGGUGUGACGUCACUGAAGGCCGUGGGGGGGGGGGGUGGUGAUGUCGUUGGGGGCGGACGUCACGGCCAGCCCCGCCCCCCCACGCAUGGCGGCGGAGGAGGGAAGUUGUUCGUGGGGGGCCUCAACUACGACACGGACGAGCAGGGCCUGGAGCAGCUCAGCUCCUUCGGGCCCAUCUCCGAGGUGGUGGUGGUGAAGGACAGGGAGACCCAGCGCUCGCGCGGCUUCGGCUUCGUCACCUUCAGCAACCCCGAGCACGCCAGCGACGCCAUGCAGGCCAUGAACGGCGAGUGCCUGGACGGGCGGCAGAUCCGCGUCGACCACGCCGGGAAAUCGCCCCGGGGGGGCCGGGGGGGCUUCGGGGGGCGCCGCGGCCGCGGCCGGGCCAGGGGCUACGGCCGGGGAGGAGGCGACCGAGGCUACGGCGGCCGCUACGACGGGCGCAGCGCGGGCGGCUACGGGGGGGGCCGGGACUACGGCGGCCGGCAGGGGGGCUACGGCGAGCGCUUCCCCUCGGCCUCGUACCGGGACAACUACGACAACUGAGCUCGGAGCCUCGUGCUGGAUUUUGGGGGGGCCCCUCCCCCCCCCGGGCCGCGGAUGGACGCCGAGGGGGGGGUUGGGGUGCGGUGGGGGGAGGGGAAAGGGGGGGGGGGGACACCCCGAAUUUGUAGCCCCAGGUGUGACAUUAAAGGACAGA